CCCAACCCUCUUCUGCACCUCCAGUGGUCUUCUCUCUAGACCGCUGCUGGUUGCUCUGUUUUCUCCUCCACCAUUGAAGAAUGUUUCAAGCUUUUCACAGCAAACAGGGCAUCGUCUCUGUUCUCUCCUCCGACUCCACGCCUUCUUCUCUCCGCAGAACCCUCUCUGCCGACAUGUCGUCCCACAAAUGCAUCUCCCAGAUGAAGAAGGUCGCUUCUUCUCAAGAAUUUGGCGAAGGGAACAAGAAAACAGAGCCCGAAACAGAGACUGAUGUUUGGGGCUCUGUUUUCAAAUCUCACAAGGGGGGUUCUUGUAAUGAAGUUAUUGCUGCUCCUUAUGUUCAUCCUCUUGUGAAGCGAUCGCCGAGCGGUUUGAGUGAAAAGAGCCUCGAGAUUUGCACUGAGAGUCUCGGCUCCGAGACCGGCUCCGAUGGGUUCUCGUCGUAUUCGUCGGAGGAGGAGGGAGAUUCCGAUGACGACGACGAGGAGGGAGCUCGAAUGUUUGCUCUGCAGGAUCAAUGGAGGCCUGUCAAGUAUAGCUAUAAGAAAUCGGAGCCCUGCCGGUCAUUUCCUCCGCCGCUGCCUUCGCUCUCCGGUCCCGACGGGGAAUCGUUGCGGAUGCAGCCCCGCCGUGACAAUGGCCGGUUGGUCCUCGAGGCCAUGAACGUGCCUUUCCAGAACAACUUCCGCGCCCAACGUCAAGAUGGCCGCCUUGUUCUCACUCUCGUCAACCGUCAUCCCAUGAAACAGGUCGAAGAACACGACGAGUCCGAGGAAGAACCCGAGCAAGAGGAAGAAGAUGAAGAUUCAAGAAUGGCAAAAUCUCCAGAAAUGCCAAUUGGGUUACUGAAUUCCCACAGAUCAUUAGCAUCAAUGAUGAGCAGCAAAUCAAUUGUUUUAGCCAACAGGCAGCACCCAUCACUCCCACCACGCCCCAAGGUGGCUCACCCCAUCAUCCCCUGCCCGACACUGCGGCCGCCUCCGAGCGCGGUGUCGUUGAACACAUUCGAGUACUUCUGGAGGUCGAGAGCCGGGGCAGUUGGGAACCUGCCGCCGUCGAAGAAUGGCAGCCGGAAGGUGAUGAUGUGGAAGAGCAAAGGAGCAGAGGACGAAGAGAGGACGGUGGUGAUGAGUUCAAAUGGGAGUUGUAAGGAAGUCCGGCGAGCGGCGGUGGUGUUUUGGGAGCCGCAGUGCAUUGCCACAUCCUAAAUUCCUAAUUUCCCCAUUGGUUUAGAGGGCCUAACUGUUUUACCUAAAUUUGGAAGUGUUUUUUUUUUUAAUUUUAAUUUUAGUUCACUUAGUUUCCACUCUUUGGGGAAUUAUGUCAGACAAAUAAAAAGGUGAUGAGAGAGAGAGAUUACUACUUUUUAUUUAAGAAAAAAUAUUACCAAUCUAUAUGGAUUUAAA